AUGAGGGAAGUUGUGAAGAUCAGGAUUGUGAUGGUGGGGAAAACUGGAUCAGGAAAGAGUUCAACUGGAAACACCAUUCUGGGGAAGAAGCCAUUUGUAGCCAAAACCAGUCCAGAGUCUGUGACCAAGAAAUGCAUGAAGUGCAGUGUCAUGAUGGAUGGGCAGGAGGUGGCCGUAAUCGACACCCCUGGUCUGUUUGACACCCGGUUUACUAAUGAAGAGAUACUGAAGAACAUCGGCCAGUGCAUUCACCUUGCUGCUCCUGGACCUCAUGUCUUCCUGCUGGUCAUCAAACUAGAUCGAUUCACCGAGGAAGAGAAACAGACAGUUCAACACAUCCAGGAUCUGUUUGGCCCAGAUGCACUUAGGUACACCAUAGUUCUCUUCACCUGCGGGGAUCAACUUCAAGAUGGCAUUGAGGAGUACAUCAGUGACAGCAAAGAUUUGCAGGAGCUUGUGGAUAAAUUUUCCGGUCGGUACCACGUUUUCAACAACAAGUCAGAUGAACGACUGCAGGUCACAGAGCUGCUCAACAAGAUCCAAAAUAUGACAGAACAGAAUGGAGGAAACUACUACACCAAUGAGAUGUUUGAACAGGCAGAGAAAGCCAUAGAGAAGCAGAAACAACAACUCCUCAGAGAAAAAGAGGAGGAAAUCAUCAAAGAGCAACAGAAACUGGAGGAAAAACUGAAGGCUAAAUACCAACAAGAGCUGAAUGAAAUGAAGGCUAUGAGUGAGAAAGAGAUGAAGGAGAUGGCAGAUAAGCGUGAACAAGAGCUGAAUAAAAUGAAGGCUAUGAGGAAGAAAAAGAUGGAGAUGAAGGAGAUGGCAGAUAAGUAUGAACAGGAGCUGAAUAAAAUGAAGGCUAUGAGGAAGAAAAAGAUGAAGGAGAUGGCAGAUAAGCAUGAACAGGAGCUGAAUAAACAAAAACAAAUGUUGAAGGAGACAGCUGAAAGGGAGGCCAGAGUUGCAGCAGAGGAAAAUCACUAG